AUGUAUUCCGAUAAUGGACUCACCUUCGUCGGUGCCGACCGCGAACUCACCGUAGCAUUUCGCGCGGCCCUACGAAAUCCAGAAUUUCAAAAUCGCACAGCAGCCGAUCACAUAACAUGGCAUUUCAUUCCGCCAUCAGGGCCUCAUUUCGGCGGAUUAUGGGAAGCCGGUGUCCGAAGCGUCAAACACCACCUGCGCCGAGUGGCGGGAUCUCACACCCUGACCUUUGAGGAAGCGACCACUCUCCUAUGUAACAUCGAAGCAUGCUUAAACUCGCGGCCGCUCGCGCCUCUGACCGAUACAUUGGAUGACUAUGAACCGCUAACACCCGGACAUUUUCUCAUCGGCGCUGCGCUCACCACGAGCCCAGAGCCCUCCGUCCUCCACAUCAAUGAGAAUCGCUUAUCGCGCUGGCAAAUCGUCCGGCACCUGACUGAGCGUUUUGGGAAAAUCUGGCAGGCGGAUUAUGUCAACACUCUCCAGCAAAGAAUGAAGUGGAAAAAGCUAUCACCAGACGUGAUUCAGCCGGGUAGGCUUGUAUUAUUGCGAAAUCAGCAGCUCCCUCCAUGUAAAUGGGAGCUCGGACGAAUUACUUGUUGUCACGCCGGCACGGAUAGCCUGGUGCGAGUCGUGACUGUCAAAACAGCAUCUUCCGAAUACAAGCGCCCGAUCGCAAAAAUCUGCCUGUUGCCGAUUGACAUCGAGAAGACGGACGCGCAAGCCGCACGUCCUGUUUAG